AUGAGAUUCUUCACGCCAGCCCUCCUGCUCGCCUCGGCCCUCCUCGUCGGCAUCAAUGGUGCUCCGGCGGGGACCGAUGUUGUCCAACGGGACCUAGGCGAGCUGGGCGCUCAGGCGGACGUGCCGCAGAUUAAUGCCCCCGUCGCCGUCGCCGCUGUAGAACAGCCCGAGACCGCGCUAGUCGCGGAAGAUGAGCCGCACAUCAAGGAGCGUCAGAUUCUGAAGAAACUCGCCAAGCUCCUCGGCAAGAAAAAGAAGAAGAAGAAGAAGAAGAAGAAGGCGAAGGCCGCCAAGGCAAAGGCAAAGGCAAAGGCGAAGGUCAACACUCCACCUCCGGCCAAGGCGGCACCGCCUCCGGCCAAGGUCACUCCGCCGACUCCGCCUGCCGCCCAGCCUCCCGCCGCCGCCCCUCCCGCUGCUACUCCGUCCAAACCACCCGCUGGCGCGCCCAAACCACCUGCUGCGAAUCCCAAGAAGGCCGGCGCCGCCGCUGGAGCCGGAGCUGCAGCGGCUGGAGGAAAUGCUGCUGGAGGAAAUGCUGCUGGAGCUGCCAAAGGUAAUCCAAACCAAGGUGCUAAACCCGUCCCACCUGCUCCUGUUCCCGCCGGCGCAAUUGCGGCCGGUUCAAAACCCAAGCCUCCGGCUGGAGGAACGCCCAAGGCGGGCGGUAACACAAACACAAACAACCCGAAGGAUCCAGCCCCUGCCCCUGCUGGAGCUCUCAUGGCUGGCGCUCUCGCCGGAGGUGCGACAAAUGGGAAUAAGCCUGGUGCUGCCCCUCAGACACCUCCCAAGCCGCAAGCCCCUCCUCCUCCUCCCCAGCAGCCUCAGACGCCUCAGAAUCCCGCACCGCAGACACCACAGAACCCUCAAAAGCCCCAAACACCGCCCCCUAAGCCUGGUGGAAGUGGUGGUUUACCCCUUGCCGUUCCUGGUAGGAACUCUGUAUGA